CCACAUCGACAGUCAACAGAAAAAAGAAAAAAAAGAGGAAAAAAAAAACGAACGAAAAAAUAAUGGCGAUGGCGUUGAGAUCACUGAGAACUAGAGCAUCAUCAAUCGUACUCUCGCGAGGCUUAUCCUCUUCUUCCCUUCAAGAUCCCCAAUCUCAACAGCAGCAGCUGAACCUCUUCUCUGCGAUCAAUCAAGCCCUCCACAUCGCUCUCGACACCGAUCCUCGGGCUUAUGUGUUUGGAGAGGACGUUGGAUUCGGAGGCGUUUUUCGAUGUACGACUGGACUCGCCGAUCGAUUCGGCCGCCAUAGGGUUUUUAAUACUCCCUUAUGUGAACAGGGAAUUGCUGGAUUUGCGAUUGGUUUGGCUGCAAUGGGGAAUCGAGCAAUUGCGGAAAUUCAGUUUGCAGAUUAUAUAUUUCCUGCUUUUGAUCAGAUUGUCAAUGAAGCAGCAAAAUUCAGAUAUAGGAGCGGGAACCAAUUUAAUUGUGGAGGUUUAACAAUAAGAUCUCCAUAUGGUGCUGUUGGACAUGGUGGUCAUUAUCAUUCACAAUCACCGGAGUCUUUCUUCUGUCAUGUUCCAGGACUUAAGGUGGUGAUACCUCGAAGCCCACAGCAAGCAAAGGGAUUAUUGUUGUCUUCCAUACGUGAUCCUAAUCAUGUUUUAUUUUUCGAACCAAAGUGGUUGUAUCGUUUAUCUGUGGAAGAGGUUCCUGAGCACGACUACAUGCUUCCUCUAUCUCAGGCAGAGGUAAUUCGUGAAGGCACUGACAUAACAGUUGUUGGAUGGGGAGCACAGAUUUCAGUAUUGGAACAAGCAUGUGAUGACGCUGCAAAGGACGGAAUUUCUUGCGAGCUCAUCGAUCUAAGAACACUACUACCCUGGGAUAAGGAGACAAUAGAGGCCUCUGUCAAAAAGACUGGAAGGCUCCUGGUUAGUCAUGAAGCACCACUUACUGGAGGGUUUGGUUCUGAGAUAUCUGCUUCAAUUAUGGAAUGUUGCUUCCUGAGGCUUGAAGCUCCGGUAGCAAGAGUAUGUGGUCUCGACACCCCCUUUCCACUUGUUUUUGAACCAUUCUAUAUGCCAACCAAGAACAAGAUACUGGAUGCCAUCAAAGCUACAGUUAAUUACUAAGAGGUGGAUUUACAGACAGACAUGGAAUCCAUACGUCACAGUCAAAGCCUCGGACCCACGGUAGACCUGGCUUUGUAAUAUAAAGCCAUGCAAAUAUGUAUUUGAUUUGAGCAAAUUACUCUGGUCGUGUUACGAUCUGGAGAAAAUUGCUUGCAAUUCGUACCUGUUCAAUGUUGUGCAAUUAGCGUCUGUAAGAAGCCCAACUCUCUGAUUAUAUUUAUAAUCGAAUUUACGUGCCCUUGUAACAAAA